CAGCCGGCGCUGAGCGCGGCAGGCGCGGGAGCUGGCGCUGGAGCAGGAGCGGCGGCGGCGGCGGCGGCAUUCACCGGGAGGCGGCGGCGCGGGCUCUGGCACGGGCUCGGGCUCCGGCAUGGUGCAAGCCAGCCUCGUCCCGAGAGAGCGGGGCCCGCGCGCGGGACUGGCGCCCGCGGAGCGGCGGCAGCGGCAGUGGCGGUGGUGGCUGCAGGCGCAGACAGGCGGCAGGUGCUAGAAGCCGGGCUGGGCGAGGUGUGUGCCCGCUGGGCUCCCGGGCCGCCGCCCCCUCACUGCCUGGGUCUUUCCCUCCCUUCGUGCUCGCCAGUGCGUCCAACCCCCUGCCUCCGCGCCCCGGCCCAUGGCGCCCCGCGGUUGAGCCGGCGCCGCCAGGGACCCCUCCCACGGGCCUCCCCGGGGCGCGCAGAUCCCGGAGCCGCGCGCCCACCCUCCGCGGAGCCUCCCUCCCUGCCUCGCCCGAGCCGGGCGGGACCAUGGCUGCGAAGCUGCGAGCGCAUCAGGUGGACGUGGACCCGGACUUCGCGCCGCAGAGCCGGCCGCGCUCGUGUACCUGGCCCCUGCCGCAGCCCGACUUGGCCGGCGACGAGGACGGGGCGCUGGGCGCAGGGGUGGCCGAAGGCUCUGAAGACUGCGGGCCAGAACGCAGGGCGACGGCCCCGGCGAUGGCCCCAGCGCCGCCGCUGGGCGCGGAGGUCGGACCGUUGCGGAAAGCAAAGAGCUCCCGACGGAACGCGUGGGGGAACCUUUCCUACGCCGACCUCAUCACCAAAGCCAUCGAGAGCGCCCCGGACAAGAGACUCACGCUCUCGCAGAUCUACGACUGGAUGGUCCGCUACGUGCCCUACUUCAAGGAUAAAGGCGACAGCAACAGCUCGGCCGGCUGGAAGAACUCCAUCCGGCACAACCUGUCGCUGCACACCCGGUUCAUCCGCGUGCAGAACGAGGGCACUGGCAAAAGUUCGUGGUGGAUGCUGAACCCUGAGGGCGGAAAGACUGGCAAGACCCCGCGGCGCCGGGCCGUGUCCAUGGACAACGGGGCCAAGUUCCUGCGCAUCAAGGGCAAAGCAAGCAAGAAGAAGCAGCUGCACCUGCCGGAGCGGAGCCCAGACGACAGCCCUCCGGGUGCACCCGUUCCAGGGCCCCUGUCGGCCUCCGCCAAGUGGGCCGCCAGCCCGGCCUCACAUGCCAGCGACGACUACGAGGCGUGGGCCGACUUCCGCGGCAGCGGGAGACCCCUGCUCGGGGAGGCGGCCGAGCUGGAGGACGACGAGGCCCUGGAGGCCCUGGCACCGUCCUCGCCGCUCAUGUACCCGAGUCCCGCAAGCGCGCUGUCGCCCGCCCUAGGCGCUCGCUGCCCAGGCGAGAUACCGCGUCUGGCCGAGCUGGGAGGCCCGCUGGGCCUGCACGGGGGCGGCGUCGCGGGGCUACCGGAUGCCCUGCUGGACGGCGCGCAGGACGCGUACGGGCCGCGGGCACGCGCCGGGACUCCCGCCUACUUUGGCGGCUGCAAGGCGGGCGCCUACGGUGGGGGCGGGGGCUUCGGGCCGCCGGCGCUGGGCGCGCUGCGCCGUCUGCCCAUGCAGACCAUCCAGGAGAACAAGCAGGCCAGCUUCGCGCCGGCCGCCGCACCCUUCCGCCCCGGGGCGCUGCCCGCGCUGCUGCCACCGCCGCCUCCCGCACCGAGGCCCGGCCCGAUGCUGGGCGCGCCCGGGGAGCUGGCGCUGGCUGGCUCGGCCGCCGCUUACCCCGGCAAGGGAGCGGCCCCGUACGCGCCGCCGGCGCCCUCGCGCAGUGCCUUAGCCCACCCCAUCAGCCUUAUGACGCUGCCCGGCGAGGCGGGCGCCGCCGGCCUGGCCCCACCGGCCCACGCCGCAGCCUUCGGGGGUCCGCCCGGCGGCCUCCUGCUGGACGCGCUGCCCGGGCCCUACGCGGCUGCUGCAGCCGGGCCGCUGGGUGCCGGGCCUGACCGCUUCCCGGCCGACCUGGACCUCGACAUGUUCAGCGGAAGCCUCGAGUGUGACGUCGAGUCCAUCAUCCUCAACGACUUCAUGGACAGCGACGAAAUGGACUUCAACUUCGACUCAGCCCUGCCUCCGCCGCCCCCGGGCCUGGCCGGGGCGCCACCCCCUAACCAGAGCUGGGUGCCGGGCUGAGAGCCACCCUGCUCAGCCUGGGUGCCCCGGUCCCGUCUCCAAGGGGCCUCUGUCUUCCCAUCCCGAUCCCCGGGUCCCCACUCCCCUGACCCAGCUCCACGGGAGGAACCAGGAGGCAAUCCCAGCCCAGCUGGAGACAUCCCCUCAGAGCUGAGCGCAGAGGGAGGUGGGAGGGAGCGGCUGGGACACCUCGCUAUUCCUGUUCGAACUCCUAAGACCUCCUGCUGGAGCUGGAAGCCUGGGAGAGGUAGUUGAGGUCCGGCUAGGUGGGAGUGGGGAAGAACAAGGCGAGGCGGAUGGCCCUCUGUGGAUGCUGAUGCUGGAAGCCACCUAGGAAAUGGGGCGGGGGCGUUUCUGAAUCUUCAGUUCUUAUUGCUGGGCCAUUUGCGGUAAUGUGACGCACAGCCCACCCAAGGCCAAUCUGAUUCUCAAAUGACACUUUCCCUCACUGGCCAUAGAACCACCACACGAAGCCAGCAACCCUCUCGUUCACACCUAUCUUGGUCAUCCAUUCUGCUCAGUCCUCCGGUCGGUCCUCAGCUACCCUCUGGUUCAGUGUCUCCCACCUCUGCCAGUCCUGGCAUCUCCUCUCUCCUGUCAGUCAACCCCACACUCCUGCAGUACUGGUCACAGCCUCUCCAGCGGGCCUCAGUUCUGGAUCCAGCCCCCAAUCCGACACCCCUUUCUCCGUGCCAGUCCUGGCCCCUCUCUCCCAUAUUUAUAAGUGUCCGGUCGGGGCGGGCGGUGGGCGCGGCGUCCCCGGCGCGUAUCGUAGGCAGUGUACUGUGGCCGUGCCGUCAGCGUGUGCGUGUGCGUGUGUGCCGUGUCGAGGCCGUGUAGAGUGCAUUGUACAGCAUAUUUUCAUGAAUAAAAUUGUUUUAAAUAUUU